AUGGUUAAAAAAUUAGAACUUUCGUCUAAAACGCAACCUGACGUUGAACCAAAAAGAAUUGACUCAAGUGAAUUGACCGAUCCUCCUGCUUUAUCCAGACAAAAUACAAGGGCCGUUAAAAAGUUCUAUAAAGCUAUUGAAGUUAGAUGCAAAGAUUUUAAUGAAUCUAGCUAUACCGAAAGUAUUUUAGUAACGCUUCAAAAUCUGACCUCAGUUUGCCCAUACAUCCUCCGCUUUUAUGGUCUUUCCAAAGUUGAUACCAGAGAUGUCAUGGUUUUUGAAUGGGCCGAAUAUGGUUCUCUAAAAGAUAUUUACGAAGGAUAUUAUAUUCCAUGGCAUAGAAAAAUUCAAAUUAUUCGUGAUAUUUGUUGUGGCCUUGUGUUUUUGCGUAAUUCAGACCUUUUCCAUCACGAUCUUAGAUGCGAAAAUGUUUUAAUGACACGGAACCUGGAACCAAAACUUGGAAAUUUUAAAUACGCGCGUAAGAAAGGAGCAGAAACAAAGAACCUUUCGAAUGUAGUAAAAAUUAUUUAUAAUUGGAUGGCCCCAGAGCUGAUAAAAAAAUACAUGGAUGAAAAAUAUAAAGAAAAUGUUUACACAUUCAAUUGUGAAAUGUUUAGUUUCGGAAUGCUUUUUUGGGAGCUUUGUUAUGAAAAAUCUCCGUAUAAAAAUUGGAAUCCCGAAAAAAUUUCAAGACAAGUUUUAAGUGGUAACCGAGAAAAACUUGUGCGUGGAAAAUUUGUAAACACUGAGGACAAAGAAAUUCAAGAAGAAUUUAUUACCUUAAUUGCAAAAAUGUGGAAACAAAUACCGGAACAAAGAAUAGAAAUUCAGAAGCUUCAUUCGAAGCUUGAGGAAUUGGCAUCAAGCUAUCCUAUUCGAGUAGAAGAUCCUAUGCUGUUAAAGGAUGGUAGUUAUAAUUUCGAGGUAGAAGAAGAAGAAAUAACGUCAAUUAACUUG